AUGACGUUUGAACCAACAGAUUUUCAUAAAUCGAUUUUACCAGUAUUUAUUAUAUCAUUUGCAUCAGGAUUGUCACCUUUUCAAAUCACUGGAACUGCAGGUUAUCAGGAAUUCCACGUAACCCAACUCGGAAUCUUCCUAACUACUAUCCAGUUGUUUUUAUACGGGGUAUGUUUAAUAAAAGUGGUUAUAGAAUCCUGGAGUAUGGUGUCAUUUUUUUAUGAGAGUGAAAUAUCAAAAUUUGGGGACAAUUUCCAACUUUUGGUUGGUUUCAUAUCAAUGAUUUUGAUGUUUGCUGCCAGUUUGUUGAGAAGACAAGAACUAACCGAAGGAUUCCGCAUCCUGAACAAGAUCGACUUGGAACUCAUAAAAAUAGCAAUAUGGUGGGCAUAUGUGAUACCAAAUUUGAUGUUAUCCUUCGUAGUCCUGCAGUUUGUCAUGUCGAUGUAUGUGAUAACUGAUAGAUUGAUCUGUUAUAAUAAAUUGUUGAAGGAACUCGAAGAAUUUGAUAAUAUUCCUUGGAUAAAUGCACAUCCAAACAAGUUAUACACAGUUGCACCUAAUGGAAAUGUUUCUUUGUGCCAGCGUUACAAAAAACGUUAUGUCAUUUUGGAUUCAAUAGGAAAAAUACAUGAUGCAAUAUGUGAUGCUGCCGACUACUUAGAUAGAUUCUUUUCAAUACAGAUGUUGGUUACAUGUGCAGUUUCUUUUCUACUAAUUAUUUUUGGGAUUUACUACACGUUAAUAUCAUUCAGCAGUGAUGAUUCGGAUGUUUGGCACUAUUUUGGAGUAAUUAUGUUCUUUUCGAGCCAAACUAGCUCUUAUUUGUUCCAAAUUGUUGCUUGCGUGAAUAUGUGCACGCUUUUGAAUGAUGAGGCAAAAUCGUCUGAUGUGCUAAUAUUAAAACUGCUAAAUAAUAGCGGAGAACAAGAAAUAAAAAUGAGGUUAAGUCAAAUUUCGAUGCAAAUGAUGAAUAGAAAACCAUGUUUUACAGCCUGGCAACUUUUUACUAUUGAACGCUCCCUUUUGAGUUCUAUAGCUGGUGCUGGAUCCACAUAUUUAAUAAUACUUUUUCAGUUCUCAUUUCCUGUGAAAUGCAUCGUUGAACCACCAAGAAAUAGUACUUAA